GAGUGUUUUGAGGGGCUCGUUCCGUUCGUUUCUGGGGUGCGGGCGCCUGGGAGAGGAGGACAAGGCGACUGGCUUUCUCUGCGGGGCGGCCCGGGCUGCAUGGCGGCGCGGCGAGGCUGCGGGGGCGCGGGCGCCUCGGGGCGGGGGCCGCCGCCCGUGCUCAUCCUCAGCCACUUCUGCCCGCGGCCCUUCGUGUGCUUCGGGGACCUGCGCCCCGGCGCCUCGCGGACGCUGCCGCUGGCCGUGCUCAACCCCAACGCCGAGGCGGCCGCCGUGACAGUGCCCCGCGGGCCCGCCGCCGACCGCGGCUUCCGCGUCUGCCCGCGCGCCUUCGAGCUGCAGCCUAAGGAGAAAAUUGUUAUUUCUGUUAACUGGACACCAGUAAAAGAAGGCCGAGUGAGAGAGAUCCUGACAUUUCUUGUAAAUGAUAUUCUGAAACAUGAAGUUAUAUUACUAGGAAAUGCAGAAGAGCCGAGAAAGAAAAAGAGGAGUCUUUGGGAUACCAUUAAAAAGAAGAAAGUUUCGUCCUCUUCAAGCCAUAAGAAAAGGAUUUCAAAUAUUCAGAAUGUUAAUCAGACGUUCAGCGUUCCCCCCAAAGCUGACAGAGUUAGGAGCCCUCUACAAGCUUGUGAAAAUUUGGGUGGGAAUGAAGGCUGUUCCCCAACAGAAAACAAUUCUCUAAUCCUCCAAGAGAAUAAAAUACCCAUUUCCCCCAUUAGCCCCACUUUCAAAGAAUGCCACGGGGACACGUGCUUGCCACUCUGUGUCCGGCGGUCCACCACCUACACAUCUCUCCAUUCACCUGAGAGCGGGGAGCUGUGGACAUUGGAAGGUGCGCACAUGCGCAAAGAGUUUAAUGGGAAAGUCAUAACGGAAACUUCCUUUGACUCCUUGACUGGUAUCAACGGCCAGAUUGAAGAGGAUGGUAAACGUAGUCUUACCCCAAACUGUUCUUCCACUUGGAACAUUACCCAGAGCCAAGGGGAUUUUCUAAGUCCAGAUUCCUUUGUAAAGAACAGCCGCAGAGCUAGUAAUAAACUAGAACCAGUGACCGUUUCACCAGAUACGUUUCUCAAAGAUGAUUCAAGGCCCCGGCAUUUGGAAUCAAACACUAUACAUGAAAUUUAUCGGACAAUUUUAAGUCCCGAUUCCUUCCUUAAGGAUAAUUAUGGACUAAAUCAGAAGCUAGAAUCAGAGUCAGUGAAUCCAUUUGUAUCCCCAAAUCAAUUUGUCAGAGAUAAUAUGCCGUAUUUAUCUCUCUCUCAACCAACUUGUGAGUUAUCACCGCUGUCAAAAGAACGUUCUCAGGCCCCGCCGUCUCCUCCGGGGCAGAGAAAAAACGAAGUUUUACCGUUUAUUCCUGGAAAUCAGGGUGCGAACUCUCCCAAAGCUAUUUUUGCAGAACCCGAGGCUUCGGAAAUGAUACCAGAUGGUCACAGUUUUACAAAACAGAAGCAGCCUGCAUUCCCCGCGGCUCAAGAUACUGCUGGACAGGCCCACGGUGCACAGCCCCGGAGACGCCCCAUACUCUCGGCCACCGUUACCAAACCGAAGCCCGCGGGCCCCAGAGAGCGCGGCACGGAGCCCAGCGAGCCGAAGGCCAGGCGAUGCCUCCGCAGCGCGGUGGGCGACUGCAGAAACGCAGCAGACGACCAGGAGGAGGAGGAGGAUGCUCUUCAUCCUUACCUCCCGGUUAUAGAUCCCGCGGGGGGCAACCCUGAGGGGUGCAGAAGAGCAGCUCCCUCCUGCAAGGCCGCCUUCCAGGCGCGGAAGAGAAAGAGCGGAGGAGGCGGGGAGGACGCAGCCGGGGCGAGCGCGGGCGCAGGACACGCAGGAGAACGAGAAAGCAAAAGGAUCCACUUUUCCCCCGCGGAGUCUCGAGCCUCCACUGCUAAGAAAACAAACGCGCCGGGGACGCCCGCCUCCCAGUGUCGGAGCAGCCGAGGGAGGCCACACCCCAAGAAGAAAGCCGAUUCUUUAGCAUUCAAAACUCCUAACUCUAAAACACACAAACGGACCCCACGCAUGGUUCCUGUGGCCCAGGCUAGUUUGACCUUCAUAAAACGCUUGAAAACAGACAUCCCGAGACACCCGAUGCCGUUCGCCGCGAAGAACAUCUUCUAUGAUGAGCGCUGGAAGGAGAAGCAGCAGCAGGGCCUCACGUGGUGGCUGAACUUCAUCCUGACGCCCGACGACUUCGCCGUGAAGACACACGUCUCGGAAGUGAAUGCCGCCUCCCUCCUCCUGGGCGGGGAGAGCCAUCACAAGCUGAGUGUGCCCAGAGCCCCCACGAAGGAGGAGGCGUCGCUCCGGGCGUACACGGCCCGGCGCCGGCUGAACCACUUGCGCCACGCCGCCUGCCGCCUCUUCACCUCCGAGAGCAUGGUGAAGGCCAUUAGGAAGCUCGAGGGGGAGAUCGCAGCCCGGCGGCUAGCUGUCCGGAGAGACAGGCACCUCUGGAAGGACGUGGGAGAGCGGCAGAAAGUCCUCAACUGGCUGCUGUCCUACAACCCCCUGUGGCUGCGCAUUGGUCUGGAGACAGUGUUCGGGGAGCUCAUCGCCUUGGAAGACAACAGUGACGUCACGGGCUUGGCGGUGUUUAUUCUGAGCCGCCUGCUAUGGAACCCGGACAUCGCCGCCGAGUACCAACACCCCUCUGUCCCCCAUCUGUACCGAGACGGCCACGAGGAGGCCCUGUCUGCCUUCACCCUGAAGAAGCUGCUGCUGCUGGUUUGCUUCCUGGAUCGAGCGAAGCUCUCGAGGCUCAUCGACCACGACCCCUGUCUCUUCUGCAAGGACGCGGAGUUCAAGGCUAGCAGAGAUGUCCUGCUGGCGUUCUCGCGGGGCUUCCUCAGCGGGGAAGGCGACCUGUCCCGCCACCUGAGCUGGCUGGGGUUGCCCGUCAGCCACGUCCAGACGCCCCUGGAUGAGUUUGACUUUGCCGUCACAAACCUCGCUGUGGACUUGCAGUGCGGGGUGCGCCUCGUGCGAACCAUGGAGCUGCUCACACGGAACUGGGACCUCUCGAAGCAGCUCCGCAUCCCCGCCAUCAGCCGUCUCCAGAAGAUGCACAACGUCGACCUUGCUCUGCAGGCCCUGCGGGCCCGCGGGAUCCCGCUACAGGACGAGCAGGGAGGCGCGAUCCUGGCCAAGGACAUUGUGGACAGGCACCGGGAGAAAACCCUCGCGCUGCUGUGGAAAAUAGCCCUGGCGUUCCAGGUGGACAUUUCUCUUAAUUUAGAUGAGUUAAAAGAAGAAAUCGGCUUUUUGAAGCGCACGUGGAGGGUGAAGAGAAGCACGCCUGCGCGCUCCCGCCCUGCGGACGCUGUUCCCAGUGAGAAGACGGACCCGAGGCCGAGCGGCUCCUCGGAACAGCGUCCCGAAAGCAUCAGGCUGUUGAUGGAGUGGGUGCAGGCCGUCUGCGCCUUCUACAGCCUCAAGGUGGAGAACUUCACGGUGUCCUUCUCGGAUGGCCGAGUGCUGUGCUACCUGAUCCACCACUAUCACCCCCGCUGUGUGCCGCUGGACGCCAUUCGCCAGCGGACCUCGCAGACCGUGGAGUGUGCGCAGUCGGGCUCCGUGGUCCUCAACUCCUCGUCCGAGUCGGACGAGAGCUGCCUGGACCUGUCCCUGAAAGCCGUGGAGCUGGCAGGGACAGCCCCCGAGCUGCACCGGGAGCUCCUGGAAAACGAGAGGAGGAACUUCCAGCUGGUGAGCUCUGCGGCCAGGGACCUCGGCGGGAUCCCUGCUAUGGUGCAGCACGCGGACAUGUCAAACACGAUUCCGGACGAGAAGGUGGUCAUCACCUACCUGUCGUUCCUCUGCGCGCGGCUGCUGGACCUCCGCAGGGAAACCCGGGCCGCGCGGCGCAUCCAGGCGGCGUGGAGAGACCACAAGCUGAGGGCAGACCUGCGGCGCCACCAGGAGAGAGACCGAGCUGCGAGAACCAUCCAGGCGGCGGUGCUGGGGUUCCUCACCAGACGGCGGCUGCGGAAGGAUGCUCAGGCCGCGCUGGUCAUUCAGAGGCGCUGGCGAGGACUCUGCCGGCGGAGGGCGGUCCUGAGGGCGGCGCAGGAGCAGCUGGAGGAGGCGCAGAGCCAGUCGGCAUCGGUGAUUCAGAGAAAUUGGAGAAGGUAUUCCGCCAGGAAGCGGUUUCUGAGAUUGAGACAUUAUUCCGUCGUCCUGCAGUCUCGGAGAAGAAUGGUGGCUGCCGUCGCUUCUUACAGACGCCACCUGUGGGCCGCGGUGACCAUCCAGAGGCACUGGCGAGCGUGUGUGAGGCGGAAACAGGACCAGCAGAGCUACCGGGCGCUCCGAGCCUCCUGCCUGGUCAUCCAGUCUGCCUUCCGGAGGUGGCGGUGCCGGGAGCAGCGGCUCCGGAUGAGAGCGGCGGCGACGCUGCAGCGGGCCUUCCGCGGGUGGCGGGCCAGGAAGCGGGCCCGGGAGGACAAGGCCGCCACCGCCCUCCAGGCCUGGUACAGGGCGCACAGGGAAGUGCGGAGAUUCCGCCACGUCCGAGCUUGCGUCGUCCUCAUUCAGGCGCGAUUUCGGGGCUUUCGAGCCCGAAAGCUGUUUCAGAGGAAGAAGGCGUCUGUCCUGACCAUCCAGCAGCGCUGGCGUGCACACCUGCAGGGGAAGGCGGAGCGCGGCCGCUUCCUGCAGGCUCGGGCCGCGGCCCUCCGGCUGCAGGCCGCCUUCAGGGCCGCGAGAGCCCGGGACCGGCGCAGACAGACUCGGGCGGCCUGCGUGCUCCAGGCGUAUUGGCGAAUGAGACGAGAGAGAGCUCAGUUUCUCAGCUUCAGGCAAACGGUCAUCAGGCUGCAGGCGCUCGUAAGAAAGCAUCAACAGCUGCAGAAAUACAGGAAGAUGAAGAGCGCCGCCCUCGUGAUUCAAGUCCAUUUUCGCGCUUACAUGGCAGCCAGGAGGGCCCGAGUGUCCUACCAGGAGACGCGCGCUGCGGUGCUGGUGCUGCAGUCUGCGUGCCGGGGGAUGUGGGCCCGCAGGAGGUUCCGUCUCGCCCGCACAUCCGUCGUGAAGAUCCAGUCCCACUGCCGCGCGUGCAUCGCCAGAAGGAGGUUUCUGAGCCUAAAGCACGCCGCAGUCCGGCUGCAGUCCAUCGUGAGGAUGCGACAAACCUGUGCUCGGUAUUUACGCUUAAGAGCGGCCGCCCUGUUCACCCAGCGGAGGUACCGGGCCCUGAAGACGGCCGCGCGGAGGCGGGAAGAGUACCGGCGGGUGCGGGCAGCCUGUAUCCGGCUGCAGGCCUUGGCCAGGGGGCACCUGGUCCGCAGGCAGCUGCGGCUGCAGAGUUCCGCUGCCCUCACCCUGCAGUCCUGCUUCCGCAUGCGAGAGGCGCGGCGGCACUUCCUGCGGGUGCGCAGGGCGGCCCUGGUCAUCCAGAGGGCCUACCGCGCGCGCCAAGCCCGGCUCCGCCGCAGGAAGCACCAGCAGGUGCUCAGGGCCGUGACCCGCCUGCAGGCAGCGUACAGAGGCUACCGAGCUCGCCAGCUCCUCCGGCGCCGGGCCACGGCCGCGCGUAAGAUCCAGGCCGCUUUCCGAGGCCACAGGGAGCGGGCGCGGUUCCGGUCUGUGCUGCGGUCUGCCGUCAUGAUCCAGAGGUGGUACCGGGCCCGCAGGACAGCUCGUGACCUGAGGGCGCAGUUCUUCAGGGCGAGGACAGCUGCGCUUUCCCUCCAGGCUGCCUGUCGUGGCUGGAAAGUGCGGGCGCAGAUCCGCAGAGAGCAGCAGGCGGCGCUGACGAUCCAGGCCGCGUUCAGAGCGGCCCAGGCCCAGAGGCAGUUCCGACGGCUGAGAACAGCCGCGCUGGCCCUGCAGCGACAUUGGAGAGCGAGGGCUGCGGGAAGGAGGCAGCGCUUGGUGUACGCGGGGCUUCGGCAGGCGGCGCUGACGCUGCAGGCCGCGUGGAGGGGGAGGACAGCGAGAAGGCAGAUCCAGAAGCGACACGAGUGCGCCACCGUCAUCCAGGCGCGGUACAGGAUGCACGCGCAGCGCAGGAGGUGGGCAGCCCUGAGGGAGGCCGCGCGGCUGAUCCAGGCCCGCUACCGGGCCCACCGCCUUGGGAGGAGGCAGCGCCUCUGGUAUCUGAAGACCAAGGCGGCCGUGGUGACUCUGCAGUCCGCCUUCCGGAGGAUGAGAGCGAGAAGAGAGAGCGCACGGGAGCGCGGCAGGGCGGCGGCCGUCAUCCAGUCCCGGUACCGGGCGCACAGGGCCAGGAGGAGGUACGCGGCCUACAGGGCCUCCGCCAUCGCCAUUCAGAGGUGGUACCGGCAUGUGAGAGCCGCCCACCAGCAGCGCAGGGAGUACCUCCACUUAAAGGAGGCCGCGACCCACCUCCAGGCGGCGUAUCGGGGCCUGAGAGCCAGGAGGCAGCUGCAGCGCAUGCACACGGCCGCCACUGCCAUCCAGGCCGUGUUUAAGAUGCACCAGGCACAAGGCAGGUUCCGCCAGGUGAGGGCGGCAGCCGUCGUCAUCCAGGUGAGGUACAGGGCCCGUCGCCAGGGCAGGACGCAGCGCGCGCGGUACCUGGCCGUCCUGCAGGCCGCUCGUGUUCUCCAGGCGAGUUGGCGAGGAGCACGGGUGAGGCGGACCCUGAGGCAGAUGCAGAGCGCGGCGGUGCUGAUUCAGUCCUGCUACCGCCGGUACCGCCAGCAAACGCACUUCCUGCAGCUGAAGUGGGCGACGGAAGCCGUGCAGCGCCGGUACCGCGCGGCCCAGGCUGGACGCCUGCAGCUCCAGAGCUACGCCAGCCUGAGGCGCUGCGCCAUCCGCGUGCAGGCUGCGUUCAGGGGCAGGAGAGCCCGGAGACGGGUGAGGGCCCUGCAUCUGGCCGCAGCUGUCAUUCAGAGGUGGUUCAGGGCCCUGCUGGCGAGGAGGAGGUUCCUUUCUCUCCGGAGCACUGCCAUCUGGGCUCAGAGAAGGUAUCGAGCCAACGUUCACGCUAAGCAUCGCCGGCAACUUCUGCGCUUACGAGAGGCAGCCGUCAAAAUCCAGGCCCGGGUCCGAGGUUGGCUGGUGCGGAGAAGGCUGCGAGAGAUGCACAGGGCGGCCACCGUGGUCCAGGCCGCGCUCCGGAUGCACCGAGCGCGGGCGAGGUACCAGGCCCUGAAACAGGCCUCGGUCCUGCUCCAGCGGCGGUACCGAGCCUGCCGAGCUGCGAGGCUGCGGAGAGAGGAGUGUGUCGGGCAGAGGGGUGCCGCCGAGGUCCUGCCGGCCGCACCGGAGGGAGCGAAGGCGGGGCAGCUCUCGCGGGAGCAGCACAGGGCCGCUGCCAUCAUCCAGAGCGCGUACAGGAGGCACCGGCGGCGUCUCUCCCACCAGCAGCUGCGGGCGGCCCCCAGGGUGACACGGGACAGACACAGCGCCAACGAGAAAGAGGCGCCCGGGCACCGUGCGCUCCCGAAGGCAGCGGCCUGUACGCCGGCGGGCUCGGCGGCCCCCGCGGUGGGGGAGCGCAGUCGGGAGCAGCGUCCGGCGGCUGUCACUGUCCAGCCGCAUCUCAGGCCUGUCAGAAGGCGGAAGCGUUUCCUCCAGUUUAGAGCAGCCGCGGGUUUUGUUCAGAGAAGACGCAGUGUGGCCGCGGCAGCGCGAACCCCAGCAGCCCCCGGCCCGCAGUCUUCCUGCAGAGGUUCGCGGGGACACGGGGACGGCGACGGCAGGCUCCGGGCCACCACCCGCAUUCAGGCCUCGCAGCGGACGCACAGGGCCCGCGCCGCCGACCGGGCCGAGGGCAGGGCAGCCGCGGUCGUACAGAGUCCCUGCGGGCCGUACGUCCGAGGGACGGCGGGGGCGAGGCGGUGCUCAGCGGCCCGCAGACCCGCACCACCUGCUGAGGCUGCCUGUCGAGGCCCGAGAGGGAGAUGGGCGCUGGGAGGGGCCUCCGAGGGCGCGGUGGCCGCCAGCGCUGGGCCCCCUGCCUCCCACUGUGACGGGCCCGGAGCUCAGCAGGACGCUGCCUGGAGCCCAGCGGCCAGGCCGCACUCGGGGGCCGAAGCUCAUUCCCAGAGGGAGGCCGCGGUCACCAGCCCACCAGCUCUCCGGGAAACGGCCCCAGGGAUGCUGGGAGCCCGGGAGCCUGCCGCCCUGCGCGUCCGGCCCUCCCUCCGCAUGGCUGCGUGUCACAGCAGGUUCGUGCGGCGGAGCAGGGCUGUGGUCACCCUGCCGCUGUCCUGCCGGGCUCGGCGGGCCCGGGGACGGUUCCUGCUGGGGAGGGACGCGGUGGCCGUGCAGAGCCGCCGCCGCGCCUGUGCGUCCGCGAGGCUCCGGAGGCGCGCGUGUCUACGCAUCAGGGGCAGCGUUGUCAUCAUUCAAGCGUGGACCAGGGGAUUUCUACAGAAACGGAAGUUCCGGAGGAUUAAAGCCAGCGCCUUAAUAAUCCAGGCUGCGUGGAGGAGCUACAGAGCCAGGCGGCGUGCUCAUGCCGUGGAGGCAGCCUGCAGGAUCCAAGCCUGGUUUCGGGGCUGGCAGGCGCGCAAGCGGUACCUGGCUGUGCUGAAGGCUGUGCGGGCCGUGCAGGGCCGCUUCCGGGCCAGGCGGGCGCGGGCAUGGUUUCUGAGCGUGAGGGCGUCGGCCGUGACCAUCCAGAGGAGAUGGAGAGCCACGCUUGGUGGAAGGCGGGCUCGCGAGCACUUCCUGGCCGUGCAGACGUCGGAAAGCAGAGCCACAGUCAGGCUCCUCCACUUCGCAGCCGCCGCCCGCUGCCACCUGGCUGCUGUGCGGAUCCAGAGAGCGUAUCGGCGCCACGCGGCCGUGAGGAGCGCGGAAAGGCACCUGGAUUCCGUCAUCUGCAUCCAGAGAUGGUUCCGGGCGAGGCUGCGGCUGAGGAGGUUCGUGCAGGUCUGUCACAGCAUCAUCGGCCUCCAGCACGAAGUUGAGGAGCGGCGGCGGCGGCAGCACAGGGCGGCCUCCGUGAUCCAGGCGGCCACACGCCGCUUCCUCCUCCGCAGGAAGCAGGCGCGGCUCCGUCACAGCAUCGUGAAGAUCCAGGCACUGUGGAGGGGCUACGCUCUGAGGAAGAAGAAUAAUUGUACAAAAAUUAAAGCCAUUCGCAGAAGCCUUCAAGCUCUGAGUGGGGAGGUUCGAGAAGAAGACAAACUGUACAAGAGAACCUCGCUGGCCCUGUUCCACCUGUUGACAUACAAGCACCUGUCGGCUGUCCUUGAGGCCCUGAAGCACCUGGAGGUCGUCACGAGGCUGUCCCCGCUGUGCUGCGAGAACAUGGCCCAGAGCGGGGCGAUUCGCAAAAUAUUCCUCCUGAUCCGAAGCUGUAACCGCAGCGUCCCUUGUAUGGAAGUCGUCAGCUACGCGGUGCAAGUCCUGCUGCACGUCGCCAAGUACGAGAAAACGACGGCCGCGGUGGGCGCCGUGGACGGCUGCGUGGACACGCUGCUGGACCUGCUGCGGAUGUACCGGGAGAAGCCGGGCGACAAGAUCGCCGACAAGAGCGGGAGCAUCUUCACCAAAACCUGCUGCUUGCUGGCUGUUCUGUUGAAGGCGACGGGCCGAGCCUCGGAUGUUCAAAGCAGGUCCAAGGUGGCCGACUGCGUGUCCAGCAUCUACAGGCUCACGGCUCAUAAGCACAGAGUGGACGCCGAGCGAAUACUUCACAAGCAGAGUCAGAACUCCGGGAGCCUCCCCCGCCUGCCCGAAACCGCCCCCCGGGCCAGGAUGGUGGCACGGCUCCAGCCAGGCUGGGUCUUGAGGAGGGACAACGUGCAGGAAAUCACGGCCCCCCUGCAAGCUGUGCAGCUGGUGAUGGACACGCUUGGCGUUCCUUACCCGUGACAGGGGCAGCUCCGCGUGUGCGGGGAGAGGACAUUGUAAAGCGAAUCAUGGCUGUGGAAAGUGCUUUGGAUUUUUUUCUAGAACUAAGAUCAGAUUGUGUAUUAAAAUGUAAGAAAUAUGUGUACCAAUAAAGUUUUUACGUUUGUCAUU